UUGACCCUUUGACCACUGGUCUCAAACACUUUUACUUCUGCUUUACGCUCAACAAAAGUAAAUGGCCGACCAAUCGUCACAAAAUGCUGCAGAAGAUAGCAAAAAGGAAGCAUAUGAUACUACGCCAAUCUUCAAGUACCACCAUAAGAAGUCUAUUGAAAAUCAAGACGCCAAAAUUUUCGGCCAUCAAUUUGUACCAAGUGACUCCAAGGUCGGUAAAAAGCCAAGCCCUAUAACACGCUCAUGGUCGGGUGCAAAUGCUAUUUCUGGCCAUAUACCGCGCCAAGGGUCUCCAACCAACCCCUACUUGGCUGGAGCUGAAAUCAUGCUAGGCAGAGGCAACAAGAAAGCCGAAGAGGAAGCGAAAGGCGAAGAAAAAGAGGAGGAUGUGGAGGAUUUUGAAACCGAGGAAGGUGAUAUUACUUCUGAUCUGCAAGAGCUCUACGUCAAUUUCAAAAAAUGCAUGGAUCUUAGAGAUAAAUACAUGGAAUAUUCUGCACAACGCAUGUUUGACAACCCUAAAGACAAGGAUGAUUGGAAGAUUUAUCCAGAACCACUUCCACCUUCCUGGCCACUUCCGCCCCCAGAAGAAUGGGAGAAGCGACGACAGCAAGAAGCCAGACGUGCCGCUGAUCCAAUUGGUAGUGUGGGAAAUGACUUUCAUAAGCAGGACUGUUCCAUUCCUUCUAAGCACGAAUACGGCUUUCGAAUCAAUAGUGGCGGAGUGUACGAGGUGUACAAAACCUCUCAAGAUAUGCAGGACAAUAAGCCUUUUGUGAAAGUUCCAGAUCCUCGAGAAUAUUUCAGCGACCUGGAUUUUGUAUUGGGCAUUAUUAGCGAUGGUCCUGCGAAAUCAUUUGCGUUUAAACGACUGCGAUAUCUAGAGAGCAAAUGGAAUCUGUAUCUCUUACUCAACGAGUAUCAGGAAAUGGCUGAAACAAAGAGAGUGCCUCACAGAGACUUUUACAACGUGCGCAAGGUCGAUACGCACGUUCACCAUUCCAGCUGCAUGAAUCAAAAGCACUUGCUUCGAUUUAUCAAAUCCAAAAUGCGCAAAUCAUCGGAUGAUACUGUCAUUUACAGAGAUGGAAAACUGCUUACUUUGUCUGGCGUAUUUGAGAGUUUGGGACUGACCGCAUAUGAUCUGAGUAUUGACACCUUGGACAUGCAUGCGCACAAAGAUUCUUUCCAUCGUUUUGAUAAGUUCAAUCUUAAAUACAAUCCUAUUGGAGAGAGUAGAUUGCGUGAAAUUUUCCUGAAGACAGACAAUUACAUUUCUGGCCGAUAUCUUGCCGAACUUACCAAAGAAAUCAUUUCUGAUCUGGAGUCGUCCAAGUAUCAAAUGGUCGAAUACCGUCUCUCCAUUUAUGGCAGAUCGAUUGGAGAAUGGGACAACCUGGCCAAGUGGGUUGUUGAAAAUAAGUUGUUUUCGUAUAACGUUCGAUGGUUGAUCCAAAUUCCUCGGUUGUACGAUGUCUACAAAGCGUCUUCACAACUUAACUGCUUUGAAGAUGUGAUUACGAAUAUAUUUCAGCCUCUUUACGAAGUCACCCAGGACCCGAGCUCUCACCCUAAUCUCCAUAUAUUUUUGCAAAGAUGUGUUGGAUUUGAUAGUGUGGACGACGAAUCGAAACCUGAAAGAAGAAUCUAUCGCAAAUACCCGUUGGCCAAGGAGUGGGAUAACAACCUGAACCCUCCUUACGCUUAUUAUCUCUAUUAUAUGUAUGCAAACAUGUGUUCUUUGAAUCAUUGGCGAAAACUUCGUGGUUUCAAUACUUUUGUUUUGCGACCACAUGCUGGUGAGGCAGGUAUUACCGACAACCUUACAUCAGCUUUCCUGACCUCCUAUGGUAUCAGUCAUGGCAUCUUGCUACGAAAAGUUCCUGCAUUGCAAUACUUGUAUUACCUUAAACAAGUGGGCCUGGCCAUGUCACCAUUAUCCAAUAACGCCCUCUUCUUGAAGUAUGAGCGAAAUCCAUUCCCCGAAUUUUUCCGCAGAGGAUUGAACGUCUCUUUAUCGACGGAUGAUCCUCUACAAUUCCAUUUCACAAAGGAGCCUUUAAUAGAAGAAUACAGUGUCGCUGCACAGAUUUGGAAACUCUCGUCCAGCGACAUGUGUGAGUUGGCAAGAAACUCAGUUAUUCAAAGUGGAUGGGAAAUGAAAAUUAAACAGCACUGGAUCGGCAAAAAAUGGUAUCAGCCAGGACCGGCAGGCAACGACAUGCAAAAAACCAAUGUGCCGAAUAUUCGAUUGGCUUUCCGGUAUGAGACGUUGAGGGAAGAGUUGGCGAUGCUGGAUCGAUAUUCUGGAACCACCGAGAAAGACAACGAUACUGUGGACACCUCGGCCGGAUUCAUUCUACAGUCAUCCGCCCGACCAGCUGGCUUUACUGACUCAGCCAUGAUAGGGGCUUCUAGUCUCAUCGAUCCAACUAAACUUCAGCAAGAUAUGAUUCAUAACCAUGCAAUUGAACCUAGAGACAAUGCAGGAGCUACAAGCAGUAAAGAACAUCAGCAUUCUGGAAUAGAGACACUUGAAGAACCAAAGAGCUCUGAAAUAUGGCAAGGUCUUGGAGGAUCAGAGCCUCCCCAUGACUAUACCUUUCCUGGAGCUUCCGUUCUUGCACAAAGGGCUAGACAACGCCGGGCCAGUCAGGAUAUGACCAACAUUCAUCACGAUGACUCUAUCUGAACAUGAUUUAGAUGAUACGAAAUUAUCUUUUUGAAAAUAAAUCAAAGAUAUAAUAAUCUUUCUCC